UCAAGCGACGAAAGACAUGACCAAAUUUCUACGAAACUUACUCUGCCUCUCAAUUUUCAUCCUGGCUGCUUCUUUUCUGCCCUCGGUAGUGCCACGUCUGCGCUUGCUCUCCUCUCAUUUCCUCCCCACCGCAUAUCGACAGCAACGCCUGCAGUACACCAUGGCUUCCGGCGACUACUCCCACGAGCUUGACGUCGCGCUACUUGCCGUGCAGCGCGCUUCACUCUUGACCAAGGCCGUCUUCCACCAGAACGCCAAAGGCACAUUGAACAAGAGCGAUGCUUCGCCCGUAACCAUCGGCGACUUCGGUGCUCAAGCCCUCAUCAUCAGCGCGCUGCAGCACAACUUUCCCAACGAUGAGAUUGUCGCAGAAGAGGAGGCGCGGGACCUUCGUGAGAAUGAGACGCUCCGCAAUACGGUCUGGGAGCUGGUAAAGAACACAUCGCUGUCGGACGCAGCUGCCGAGAAGCAAUUGGGAGGGCCGCUGAGCUCGCCAGAAGCAAUGCUGGACAUUAUCGACAAGGGCGACAGCAAAGGUGGAAACAAAGGUAGGAUAUGGGCGAUCGAUCCUAUCGAUGGCACCAAAGGUUUCCUGCGUGGGGGUCAAUAUGCCGUGUGCUUGGGCCUCAUGGUCGAUGGAGACGUCAAAGUGGGCGUUCUAGGCUGCCCCAACUUGCCAGUCUCUGACUCGGAGCCGCUGAAGGAGAACAUUGGAGCUGAUGCUAGCGAUGAGGAGGGUAAGGGCGUACUAUUCUCCGCUGUCUUUGGUCAAGGUGCUGCGAGCCGGCCACUGGGAGCUGGUUCACUCGCUUCGUCUUCGAAAAUCCAGAUGAAGCCCAUCUCAAAUAUUGCGGAUGCCACUUUCUGCGAGUCUGUAGAGGCAGGGCAUAGCAACCAGAGCGAUUCAGUUCAGAUUGCCAACAAGCUCGGCAUUACGAAGCCUUCCGUCCGAAUGGACAGCCAAGCCAAGUAUGGCAGCAUUGCCCGCGGUGCUGGUGAUCUCUACUUGCGGCUUCCGGUCAAGAAGGACUACGUGGAGAAGAUCUGGGAUCACGCUGCCGGAGAUCUGAUUGUCCGCGAGGCCGGCGGUCAGGUCACCGAUGUUGAUGGGAACAGACUGGACUUCAGCCAUGGUCGCACUCUACUGCAGAAUAAAGGAGUCGUGGCAGCUCCAAAAGACGUGCACAAGAAUGUCAUUGAGGCUGUACAAAGUGUCCUGGGCAGUAAGCAAUAGCGCAACGACGUGAGCGAUGAUCUGUCAGGCGCAUGGAGUCGACCUGCGCGGUUCACAACGAUCACAUAUAAAUAGAGAGAGGCCUGAUUCCACAGUUCAGGCACCUCAGGCUGAUAAAUAUGAUUCAUGCAUGUAUCACGACCGGCACCGCAUCGCGAGUCCAAUCUACG